CGCCAUUUUGCAGGAAGAGGGGUAUCCGGGCCUGUCAGCGAGGGGAGAGCACCGUUUGCCAUGGCCAAUGUGCUCUGUAACAGAGCAAGAUUGGUCACCUACCUCCCAGGCUUUUAUUCCUUAGUCAAAAGAGUUGGGAAUCCCAAGGCUUUUUCCACAGCAGGUUCCUCUGGCUCAGAUGAGCCUCACGUGGCUGCUGCACCUCCUGACUUAUGUCCCAGGACUGUGUGGCCGGAUGAGGUGAUGGGGCCCUUUGGUCCCCAGGACCAGAGGUUCCAGCUGCCUGGGAAUAUUGGCUUUGACUGCCACCUCAAUGGCACAGCUUCCCAGAAGAAAUCCCAAGCUUCCAAGAGCCUCCCUGAUAUUUUAGCAGAGCCCUCAGCAAGCGAGAGGCAUGAAUUUGUGAUGGCACAAUACAUCAAUGAGUUCCAGGGUGCUGAUGCUCCCCAGAAGCAGCAAAUCAAUAAUGCUGAAACCUACUUUGAAAAUGCCAAGGUGGAAUGUGCAGUGCAAGCCUGUCCUGAGCUGCUGAGAAAAGACUUCGAGUCCCUGUUCCCAGAGGUGAAUUCCCACCGUUUGACUGUGCUGACUGUCACCCAGAAGACUAAAAAUGACAUGACCGUGUGGAGCCAGGAGGUGGAGGAUGAGAGAGAGAUGCUCUUAGAAAAUUUCAUCAAUGGUGCCAAGGAAAUCUGCUAUGCAAUUUCUUCUGAAGGCUACUGGGCUGAUUUCAUUGAUCCAUCCUCAGGACUGGCAUUUUUUGGGCCUUACACCAACAACCCCCUGUUCGAGACCGACGAGCGCUAUCGGCAUUUGGGAUUUUCCGUGGAUGACCUGGGAUGCUGCAAAGUGAUCAGGCACAACCUUUGGGGUACCCACGUGGUUGUGGGGAGCAUUUUCACCAACGCUGAGCCUGACAGCCCCAUCAUGAGGAAACUCAGUGGCAACUGAGUCCUCAAACUCAGCUCCCUCAGGUUCUUGUGACCUUUGCGUUCUUCGACUUGAUGAUUCUCCCUCGGCAUUGUCAGGAAUUCCUCACUCCCAAGUGUUCUUAGAGAAUAAAGUAGCUGUUAUUUAUUUGUAGUCUUUUGGGAAUAUGUGCUCACCACGUGUGACUUGGAAUUGACAGCAUUCAGGCAGGAGUUUAAAUGUGGUUAUCAUUUCCUUUUUUCAUCUUCUCUCCCAUCUUCACUUAGCUCAACAAUUCUGCCUUUCACUGGCCAACUUAAUAUUCAAAAUCCUCUGAAAAUGCCACUGAAAUUUCCAGCAAUUCUGCCAUUCCUGAAAUUAGGAACUGGCAAAAAAAAAAAGAAAAAAUGGAAUGAGUCAUGAAAUUGUUCUCCCAGAAUACAGAACUUAAUAAAAUCUGCAGGACUGGGCUCAUCACUCAUUUGCUGUUGGAAAAUGAGAAUGAGGUCAACUUUCAGUGGUCUCCAACUCAUCCAGAGACUCCGUAAGAAGUCCUUAAUUACCCUUGGAAUUACUCAUCUCUUACUGUUUUUUGUCUUCAUGGUGCUUGGGAUUUUUUUCCUCAGUGUUAGCUAAAUAUAUUUAAUUAGUUUAUAUCUAUAAAUGUAAUUUCAGGUUGCUUUUGUAACUUUCUUAGGUCAUUAAAUACGUUGUGAAAAAAAGAGAUAAUAGGGCAAUGCUUGGAUCUCAUCGUUGUUUUCCUGUACUUGGAUGCAAUCUAGACUUGCCUCUGGAAUUUGGAAAUGCGAAGAGAGCAAUUAGGAUCAAUUAUUGCAAUUACAAGGAUGUUUCAACAGGAAGGUUCCGGGCUCCUCAGCUAUCAGAAAAACAAUCAGAUCAAUCGGGGAACAACAGGGAAGACAUUCCAAGGCACCUGAAAUACCUGGAAUUUCAAUGCCUUGCAAUUUGGCUCCAGGGAUGAAGCAGUAAAUCAGAUUUUAAUCUCAUCCCAGUCAAUCUUGGAGCAAUUUUUGGUGGCACAGUGGGAACCUUCAGUGUUUAUUCCGUGGGAAUGCGGUGCAGCUCAGUGUGGAUGUGGCUGCACAGGAUGAGGAUCCAGGAACUGUAACUUUGUCAUUGGUCUUUUCCCAGCCUUACCCAACUCCGUGGAUUUCCAGCCUGUCCCAGGAGCGUGUGGCUCUGCUGUUCCCUCCCCAGGGUCUGAGCCAGCCCCACCAAAGCUUUUAUGGCUUUAGAACCAGCUCCUUGACCAAGUGCCUCUCUCUGUCCUUGUCACCACUGCACAUCUGUGACUUUGCUGGAUCUUCACUGGGAGCCAGGAAGACUUCCCAAAGGAAGAGUGAGUGUUCUCCAUUCCCAAUUCCCUCCUCAAGCCAGCAAUUCCAAAGUUUUCCCGCCCCCCUGCAGCGUUGUCACCGCUGGUGGCUCUGCCCUGCCCACAUUCCAAGGGUGAAGCGCCCGAAUUUUGGGGCAGGAUUGAUUCCUUUCCCAUGGAAUUUGUGCUGUGAUUCCAGAGCCCCAUCCCUGAUCUCUGCUAUCCAUAAAAGCUCUGUUACUUCCAAGGAUUUUAUUGCUGUUUUUUUUCCUCCUUCUCAUCGAGAGGAUUAAAGAAGUUGAGAACUUCA